UCUCGCCUCACCCAUUCGCGGUGAGUCUACCGAAGUAACGAGGCGAACGCCGUCAAAAAUAAAAAAGACGAUCGCGUGCACUCCGCUAACGAAAAAAUAAAACAAUGGAUUUUUAACACCAGCAGAAUCCGGGUUUACCUUGAAAAUAUUUAUUAGUUUUUGGCACCGUCUACCUACUCUUCCUGCGUUCGCGCUACCAUUGCUGCUGUUUUGUGAAAAAAACUAUUAAUAUGGGCUGCGUACUGGCCGAAGGAACACGUAAAACCAAAAGUGAACCGAUUAAAUUUGUACUGGUGAAGUGAAUGAAGUGGCAAAUAUGUGACUGAUUUGAAAAUGUGGUGCCUCGAAAGUUUCUAUUAAAAAAAUGGCAUUAGUGGAGAAGUGUUUUUGUUGUAGUGUGCAGAUCGCGUCUGGAUUUUUUGCGACGUACCUUCUGAAAAAUUCCCUGUGUCUUAUCUCGUGGAUGUUUUCCAUUACCAUAUUGACCUUUCCUGAGGCUGGCAUGGUAAUAUACAUGAGCAUUCAGUAUUGGAGGAUAGAAAGCCUCUACGGCGUAACGGAGCUGGCCUGUUGGCUGAUUAGGAUAGUCGUUAAUGUGAUAGAAAUAAUAUUGAUCCAAUCUCUCUACACCAUGUGGAAGGACGAGGAGUUAGUGAAUAAGAGAUUAAGAGACUUGACCAUGGCAGCCGUACCCAUUUCGAGGGAAAACUUACCCCCUCUUAAUAGCCAGUACUACCAAAACAACGGAUACGAUCACUCUGUGGAGCAGAUCAACGCAACUUUAAGUAGGUAUGGUUCAACACCGCACUUGUGGGCUGGUCCCUUACCCAACAACAUGAUUCCGUUACCCAUCGACGGGUACCAGUUCUGUACUACCCAAAGCGAAUUCAACGCGAGCAUUUUCGUUCCUAAUAUUAUAAAUAACGACAUGGCAGUUAAAAAAGCCCAGUCCUUAAUGGACUUACGCUUCUUAGAAGAAAACACCAUGGUCGGCGAGAAACUGGGAGACCAAGUCCAACCCUGGAUGUCCGAGUCGAUAACAGAAACCAGCAGCGCCAUCAUUCCAAACUACAGGGUGUCGCCGGACACAAAGACUAGUCCGCGAUUGACGAAGUGUGCCUCGGUAGACGCUCUGAACGAAAUUAACAAAGGCGGGCAUAUUAUACGGAACAGGACCGGUUUCUACGCGCAACCAGUGGCUAAUUACGGGGUGCCCAUCUAUUACGGUCCCCUAGACGGGCCGGACUUCUUGAUUUAUAAGAAACAGGUGGAUAGGUUGACGAGUAAGAAUUCGUUGAGUAACGCAUCGGCGGAUGACGUGCAAAAAUACAGGGACGUCGCUCUUUAGAACAACGAUGAAAUUAGGUGUCGUUAGUAGAGCUCGGGAACAAGCGGCUCGUGACAGAACCGGACUUAAAAGUGUGAUUGUAAAUCGGUAAAUUUGUUGAUCUCGAAAACGGUUGGUUUUUUGUUUUUUUUUCAAAUAAUAGAGCUAAAAUCAACAUUUGAGAUAAGGGUUAUUACGAAAAACUCAAUUUCCAAAAUUUUUAUAUAAAAUUUUGAUAUUUUAAAAGAUUUACCCAAAUACGUAGAUUGCCCAUCAUUUCCUAGACACUAUAAAUAAUUACCCCACACCAAAAAAAAAGUUGUAUGUACUUUUCAUGCGACACAUGUUAUCUGUAAUAUUUUUACCUCCUGAUGGUGAAUCCGUUGUCAGAAUUGAGCUAUCACAUCACAGGAAUUUCCUAACCUCAAAAUAGAGGGCACAGCAAAAAUUCACG